AUGGAUAUCGUUGAUCGGGAUAUGGAGCGGGCGGAGGUCAUGGCCACACGGACCUAUUCACAAGAAAGCAAAGCACGCCGCUCGUUGCGAAGCCAGAGAUCUAACCAGUCGGUUUCCUCCAGCUCUUCCGGUUCCUCCACAUCCACCGAUGCAGAUGCGAUGGGUAGAAUCGCAACAGCGUCUGCCGCGACCCUGGGUCGCAUUCGAACCCAUCCGGUUGAGAUGCACCGAACAGCAACGCAUAGGUUGCAACAUGUCCAGACCGUCGGGGCGAGUGAGAAGACUAAGAGUCGCGCUGAGAGCAGGCCUUUACCUGAGUUUGGCGGUGGCAAGCCUUAUCCUCCUGCGUUGCCCGAGCGGGAAGAGUAUGUGGUUGAGUUUGAUGGAAAAGAUGAUCCAUUACAUCCACAGAACUGGCCGUUCAAGAGGAAGCUGUACAUCGGUGCCAUGCUUGCAUAUACCUGCUUGUGUAGUACCUUUACUUCGUCGGUUUUCUCUGCCUCCACUCAGACGAUUACCCAUGUUUUCGGCAUCAGCCUCGAAGUUGCUACUCUCAGCACCUCUCUCUACGUGCUCGGCUAUGCUUUUGGUCCUCUAAUUUGGGGACCUUUCAGUGAACUGCAAGGCCGAAAACUGCCCAUCUUGGUUGGAAUGUUGGGGUUCACUCUCUUCAAUUUUGCAUGCGCGACGGCCAAAGACAUUCAGACCGUCAUGAUCAGUCGUUUCUUCACUGGUCUCUUUGGUUCUUGUCCUUUGGCAGUGGUUGCUGCUGUUUUUGCCGACAUGUUUGACAACACCCAGCGUGGUACAGCCAUUGUCAUAUUCUCCUCCAUGGUUUUCAUGGGCCCGAUGCUGGGGCCUUUCAUCGGCGGGUUCAUCAAUGUAUCAUACUUGGGUUGGCGAUGGAACGUCUACCUUCCUGGCAUCAUGGGCGCCGGCUCCUUGAUCUUGAAUGUGCUUUUCCUCAAGGAAAGUUAUGCUCCAGUGGUUCUAGUCAGCAAAGCCGCCGAAUUGCGCCGUCGAACUAAGAAUUGGGGCAUUCACGCGAAGCAAGAAGAAGUCGAAGUCGACUUUCGAGAGCUCGUUACUAAGAAUUUUUCCCGUCCCCUGCGACUGUUGGUUUCAGAACCCAUCAUUCUGGCCAUCACCAUCUACAUGUCAUUCAUCUAUGGAUUGCUUUAUCUCUUUUUGACAGCAUAUCCCCUCGUUUUCGCGGGUGUCCAUGGGUUCAAGCCCGGUGUCUCAGGACUUCCAUUCUUUGGUAUGGUGGCUGGUAUCUUCAUCGUGGCGGGCUACAUUAUUUUUACAUCCAAGCAGUACAACAAGAAACUCGCGGCUAAUGGUGGUAUUCCCAUUCCUGAAUGGCGACUUCCACCUGUCAUGAUCGGUGGUGUAUUGUUCGCACUUGGCCUUUUCUGGUUUGGAUGGGGUGGUUACAAGAAAUCUGUCCAUUGGAUAGUCCCGACUCUGUCUGGAUUAUUCACUGGAUUUGGACUUUUGGCUAUCUUUAUUCAGUGCUUCAACUACCUUAUUGAUUCCUAUCUCAUGUUUGCUGCAUCAGCAGUCGCGGCGAAUACUUUUCUCCGUUCGAUCACUGCUGCCGGCUUUCCCCUCUUCGCACGCCAGAUGUUCAAUGGCAUGGGCAUAGAAUGGGCAUCCACACUUCUAGGCUGCUUCGCAUUCGCCUUAGUUCCCAUCCCUGUCCUGUUCUACCUCUACGGCUCCAAACUCCGCGCCAAGUCCAAAUUCGCACCGACGAUGUCGAUCAAAAAGCCCGCCGAUGAGGAGGACAACAGUAGUAGUGAUGAUGACGAGAUGCACAUGGCGGCAUUACACGCCACAAGAAGUCGUGCUCACCAUGAACUUGAGACGGGAAGGACGAGGACGAGAACAGGGACUACUGGCUCUGGUCAGGCGGCUCAACCAGCUCCGACGAAUGGGAGUACGGACGCGGAGAAGACUGCAGGUGUAUGA